AUGUCUACAAACAAUUGUACGUAUUCACCCCCUUCGAAUGUAAUAUGCCUUCCGCGAACAAACCAACUCGAAGCUUUGUUGACCAUAAUCCGAGAUAAAGACACUAAUCGUGGAGACUUUAUCUUUUAUUCUGAUAGAAUCAUUAGGCUCCUUGUUGAAGAAGGAUGCGAAUUCAAUGGCGUUUCGUUCAAGGGUAAAAUAUGUGGUGUGUCUAUUAUGAGAGCCGGAGAAGCAAUGGAACACGGGUUGCGUGAUUGUUGCAGGAGCGUACGAAUUGGGAAGAUUUUGAUCCAGCGUGAUGAAGAAACCGCGCAACCUAAGCUUUAUUAUGCAAAAUUGCCCCCAGGUAUAGAAAAUAGAUAUGUGUUGUUGUUAGAUCCAAUGCUUGCGACUGGUGGAUCAGCAAUAAAAGCUAUAGAAGUGUUGAUAUCUUACGGAGUUAAAGAAGACAAAAUAUUGUUUUUGAAUUUAAUUGCAGCACCUGAAGGAAUCCAAGCAGUCAUUUCAAAGUUUUCAAAACUCAAGAUUAUAACUGCAUUUAUUGAUCAAGGAUUAAAUGAGAAGAAGUAUAUUAUACCUGGGUUAGGUGAUUUUGGUAAGUCAGAUUGA